CCCGUUGCCCCGUGAUUACGUCACGCCGCCUCUGUGUUUAUUAUGUGGUUUUUAAGCAGCAGCAGCUGCUAACUAGCAUUAAGCCUCGCCUUCAACCAUGCUCUGAUUUUACAACUGGCAGGAUUGGAGGACAGAGAUGGCAGUGUGUGCACUGACCAUGUUGGAUGGGAUGGAGGAUGAGGUGACAGCAGCAGGUGGUGUAUUGCUCCUGGUCUUGGCCCUCAUCUUGGCUUGGCUCUCGACCCAUGUGGCUGAUCGGGGAGACCACAUAUUGGGCACGAUCCUCACUGUGGGUGCUCAUGCCUCUCUGAUUGGACUAGGAGGCCACGACAACUACAGUGGAGGGUCAGCUAGUGCUGACACGCCCGAGCAGCAGACCCCUCCACCUUCUCAGGAGAACAAGCCGGAUGACGGUGAGCCAACAGCUGACAGAGGAGAGAGUGAGGGGACCGGGGAGGGAGCUGAGGGGGUUUGGACAGAUUUGCUGCUGGACAUACAGCGCAAACAACCCCAGGCUGGAAGACUGCUCACCGCUUCUGAUGGAGAAGAUGAUGAGGUUGAUGAGGAGGAGGAUGAGGAGUUGGAGGAGGAAGUAAAAAAGGCUACAAAGCCUGUUCCAGUUUUGACCAGCGCCACCUCCUCUCCUACCAUCACCAGUAGUACCACUUCCAUCUCUGUCCGUCUGAAGUUUUUGAAUGACACAGAAGAGGUGGCUGUUGUAGAGCCACAGGAUACAGUAGGGAUACUGAAAAGCAAAUGUUUCUCAGGGCGGGAGCAUCAAAUUAAAUUAAUCUUCCAAGGCCAGCUGCUGCAGGAUCCCAAGAGGACUCUGUUAUCCCUAAACAUCACAGACAACAGCGUGAUCCACUGCCACAUCUCUCAGGCCCUGCAUGAGGUCAGUCCAGAGGAAGGGGCUCAGUCUGGAGCAGGAGCAGGAGCCGGGUCUGGAGUCUCCAGUGGAUUCCGGGCGGCAGGUGUGGCCAUAAGCACCAGCAGCCUGGUGGUGCCUGUCUUUGUGGUGAUACUAGCUGUCGUGUGGUACUUUCGCCUCAACUACAGGCAGUUCUUCACCGCCCCUGCGACCAUCUCCCUCGUGGGAGUCACUGUGUUCUUUAGCUUUCUGAUAUUCGGGAUGCACAGCCGCUGAAAAGGCAAAGAAAGGGCACACACUUAUAGUUGAAUGCUGUGAGAAAUAAAAAUAACUACAGCAGUGGGUGAGCGUCUGGAGAGAUGGACAAACCAUAAAGGGCCUCAGCGCAGAUGCUGCAGCUGAUUGCAGAGCGUAUGUGUACGUGCGUGAGUGGUUAAGUGAGCCUGUUUGUGCAUGUACAAAAAUAAAAACAUGAGUGACUGCGGAGUAUAAGUGCAGUAAAUAAUAAUCUGCACAGAGUGAGCAUGCUUUAACUAAAACCUAAUUUAGCUCCUAUUCAAACAUGACGUAGUGGUUCACACCAUGUUGUAACUCUGGCUUCAUCGCAUUGCCGUGUUUAUUGCUGUAAAAUAUUCAUGAUGCUUAUACCAUGCGCUAUUCUUUGAGAUGAUUGUGUUUUAAGAAAAAAAAUUAACUGAUACAGUAGCUCAAAAUCAUUUGGAACCACUUACUGUCGUGCUGCGUGUGCCAGUUGCCAUUAUUCUUUGAAUGACUCGAGUUCUCUGUAUGCAAAUAGAAAUUGUACAACUGCCUCAGUGCAAGACUGUUUUCUUUUUUUUGCUACGUAGGAGUAGGUUAAUUUAAACAUUAUGAAAAGAUACUGUAAAUAUAGUGUAUUUUGUGUAAAUAAAAUUAUACAAUGAAUCAA